AUGGUAGCAUUUACAAAAAUAUUGAAGAAAUUUGACAAGGUAUCUUGUCAAAAAGCUUCUGCAAAUUACUUAAAAGAAGUGAAGAGAUCCCAUUUCGUUAGUUCUGACAAGGUUGUUAGACUAAUGGACGAAGUGGAAUCCAUAUUCACCACGCACUUUGCCAACAACGAUAGGAAAAAGGCAAUGAAAUUUCUAAGACCCCAACAACAUAAAGAUUCUCAUAUGGUCACCUUCCUUGUCGGGUUGUCUACAGGAUGUUUUGUAUCCUUGUUUUCUGUAUACGCAAUCUUGGCCCAUUUGUGCGGUAUAUUCUCCGCAACUAACGAGCCAGCUUACAUGGAAACAGUCUACCCCGUUUUCAGUGUAUUUGCAUUGUUAAGUCUGCAUUUGUUUUUGUAUGGAUGCAACUUGUUCAUGUGGAAGAAUACAAGAAUCAAUUACAAUUUCAUAUUCGAAUUCUCACCGAGCACAGCACUAAAGCAUAGAGAUGCAUUCCUAAUAAGCACUACCUUAAUGACAACUGUGAUUGGGGCAAUGGUCGUACAUCUGCUUCUAAGGGCUGCUGACUUUUCUCCUGCUCAAAUUGAUGCCAUUCCUGGAGUUCUUCUUUUGUUUUUCAUAGCAUUGCUCAUUUGUCCAUUUGACAUUUUUUAUCGUCCCACACGUUACUGUUUCAUCCGUGUUAUUCGCAACAUAAUAUGCUCUCCCUUUUAUAAGGUUUUGCUAGUAGACUUUUUUAUGGCCGACCAACUUACUAGUCAGAUUCCAUUGUUAAGGCAUUUGGAAACUUCAGGUUGUCACAUUUUUUCUAGAGUCUUCAAAACUCACCACCCUGAGGUCUGUCAUUCUGGAAGAUUAUAUAUGGAAAUAACUUAUAUCAUCUCCUUUUUACCAUAUUUUUGGCGGGCUUUGCAGUGUGUGAGACGAUGGUUUGAUGAUGGUGAUGUGAACCAUUUGGCUAACAUGGGUAAGUAUGUUUCGGCAAUGGUGGCAGCUGGGGCUAGAGUUACAUAUAGCAGACAACAUGAUCAUCUAUGGUUUGCUAUAGUCUUAAUCACUUCUGUGGUGGCUACAAUAUACCAACUUUACUGGGAUUUUAUCAAAGAUUGGGGAUUUCUUAAUCCCAAUUCCAUAAAUCCAUGGCUUAGAGAUGAUCUAAUUCUAAAGAAUAAAAGCAUAUACUAUAUGUCUAUGGCCGUGAACGUUGUCCUGAGAGUGACAUGGGUGGAGACUAUCAUGCACUUCAAAAUAGGACGUGUUCAGUCACGAUUAUUAGAUUUUGUAUUAGCUGCACUUGAAGUUAUUCGAAGAGGUCACUGGAAUUUCUAUAGGUUGGAAAAUGAGCAUCUAAAUAACGUUGGUCAUUAUAGGGCAGUGAAGACAGUUCCACUUCCAUUUCGAGAGACAGACUCUGACUAA